AUGGAAGAAAACCACAUCUACCAAUACUCCCUCAUCAACGCCCUUAUGUCCGGCAUAAGCGAAACGGGUAUUCCAGUCUCAAAGUUCCUCCAAAAAGGCAACCAAGGCCUAGGAACCUUCGUCCGAAUGGACGGAGAACUCCUCUCACUGGACGGGAAAGUCUACCAACUGCAAUCCGAAGGACGGGUGCGGGAAGCCUCCCCAUCCGACCAAAUCCCCUUCGGCGUAACCACCAACUUCGUCCCUCAAGUGACGAAAACGGUUCGGCUGGAAUCCAAAGACGCUAUCGACCGCGAACUGCAAACUUUCAAUGGGCAUUCUAAGAAUCUGUUUUUGAGUUACAGGAUUGUAGGACGGUUCAAGAGGAUCAAGGCGAGGACUGUGAAGGGUCAGGAGUAUAAGGGACAGCCGCUGUCGGAAUUGGGGGAUAAGCAGUUUAUUGCUACGUAUGAGGAUGUGGAUGCCACGAUUGUGGGGUUUAGAUCGCCGAAGAGUUGGCAGGGGUUUGCGGUUGCGGGGGAGCAUUUGCAUUUUAUUAGUGAUGAUCGGAAGGCGGGGGGACAUGUGUUGGAGGUGGAGGCGGAGAGUGUGGAGAUGGGGAUGGCUACUGCGGCGAAUAUUCAUGUUGAGUUGCCGACGAGUGAUGAUUUUAAUGAGGCGGACUUGGUGAUGGAUGAUGAUGGGAUUAAGAAAGUCGAGGGGUGA